AUGGUUUACCCAUCCAAGCCGGACCCUAGCUUCGCAUCGACCAGGUUAACGCGCAACGGCCAUAAAGGAGGGCCGCCCUUAAGCCAGGUCGGGGGCAGACCAACUCGAAAGGCCACCAAGAGAGCUGCGGAGGACCCUUACUCGUCGGAUGAUUCGUUAAAAGAGACAGGUCGAGCUACGAAACGAAAAUUUGAACCGGCCAUCGACGAUGCGCCUCUUGGUUCUAGCGACGAUGACGAUUCGAGCGCGAAGAGUGAGAUGUCGGCAAUUAAUGAGCCGAUGAGAAGAACUACCUGGUCAUCCAAAGACCUGAGUUACGUUUUAAAGGAAGCGGAUAAGGCAGCGGGCGAGUUAAAGGAAGCAGAUAAUGCUGCAGGCGAUUUAAAGAAAGCGGAUAAGGCAGCGGGCGGUUCGCCGAAGGAACGAAGGACAUCGUUGCCGUCAACGAGGCAAUCGAGGAAUACAGCCAGAAAACCGAAUGGAAAACGCGGGCCGUCCAUCCGUCGACCCACGGAACACCCCAAUACUAAACCUGCUGCUGAGGAGACCGACCUGUUCUCUAGAAUGGCAUGCCCGAAGCCCAGGAGGAAACAAGCCUGCUACGGGAGCAGUGCCAAAGCCGGUUACAAGAAUAUCCACGGUUCAGCGCCCCUAAAGACAGAAACAGCACGCACAUCCUCAAGUGAACCCGAUGAUGGUCCCGCCAAAGCUUCCGCCAGUAAAGGCCCUCAAUUCAAGAACCCGGCCAUAUUUAUGGAAGCAUACUCAAAUACUUCUAUACCAGCCUCUUCUCGCGAACACGAGGCUGAUGUAGUAGAAUUCAGCGAUGAGUUCGAAGCGGCGUCCCCAUUAAGUUCGAUCUCAUCUACAUUCUCAGUAGACAUCCCCGCGCACGUACAAGAGGAGAUGGACCGUCGCAAAACAACAGUCACACUGUGCCCUGUGUGCGAGUUACCUGUGGACAAAGAAUUGCUCAAGUCUUUCAAAUCAAUUGAAAAAAUGGGCCAGCAAUCUCGAUUCUGCCUUCUGCAUAGAAAGAAAACUGCAGAAGAACAGUGGCACGAGAGGCAUUAUCCGACGAUAGACUGGGAAUCGUUCAAGGAACGAAUUGAGAGCCAUUUUGCAGGACUGGAAGAUAUGCUAUCUUCUGGGAAUGACUCCUUCUAUAGGAAGUCAUUGCGGUCAUCUGCGCGCGACCGGAAAAAGCAAGGCAAUCUCCGGCUUACUAUUACCAGUUCGGAAUUGGAGAAGAUUUCAACAGGCUAUUAUGGAGCGCGGGGCGCAAGAAAUAUGAUGGAAGCUAUCAUCGCCCGCUUCGCGCCAAAAAUGCGAGAACUAGCUCUAUCAGAUCCCCUGAUACAGGCGGCCGGCGUCUCCGGCUACAUUCAAGCUGUGCUUGUUCCGGAAUUGACAACAAUGCUAGUUAAGGAGGAUAUGAAUGUCGACGAUGAGGGAGCCAGAGAUAUCAUCAAAAGUAGCAUGGAGAUCGGCGAUCUCCUGAACGAACAACCUGAUGACGUGGUAGAGGUAAAGGAUGAAGACCUGAAUAUCGAUUUCGCUGAUGCAAGAUAG